CAUGGUAUCAGUGGGUGGGAAAGGCUGAACUCAUUAGAGAGAUGUAAAAGGGGGAUUCAUUUGGGAUUCUGGCUACCCUAGAAGCUCCUGCAUGUUAGGAUUACUUUCACAGCUCCAGUGACUUGUUGAUAACAAACUUGUUUGUUCUACGGAUUCAUUUUUAUUGUUGCCAGAAUGGUGAUCAAAGUCUUUGUAGCCACCAUUUGUGGCUCUACAGCGAUCAAGAAAAAACAGCAGGAAGUACUGGGCUUUUUAGAGGCCAACAAGAUUGACUUUCAGCCAAUGGACAUAGCUGGUGAUGAGGACAACAGGAAAUGGAUGAGAGAAAAUGUCCCAGGUGAAAAGAAGCCACAAAAUGGAAUCCCUCUCCCUCCACAGAUCUUCAAUGAGGAGCAGUACUGUGGGGAUUUUGAAUCCUUCUUCUCUGCCAAAGAAGAAAAUAUUAUUUAUUCAUUCCUGGGUCUUGCUCCCCCUCCAGGCACAAAGGAGGCGAAAAUUGAUGAGGAGAUUUCAGAUCUUCCCAAUGGAGAAGUUUCAGGAGAGGAGCAGAAAACCGUGGAAGAAGCUGAAAAAUUGGAGGUAACUGAAGAAAAUGAGGAACCUACAGAAGACAAUGCAGAUGCAGAGGUUCAUGAUACUGAAGCACCAUUGGAAAAACAGGAGGAAGAAAAGGAGGGACAUACAGUGACAGAGGAACAGGAGGAAGAGGCAGAGGAGGAGGAGGAGGAGGAAGAGGAGGAAGAAGAAUCUUAGUACUUUUUUACAACCCAUUGUUCUUGAAAAAGUUUUUCAGGAAGCAUAUGCCUAUGCAGCAGCACCACAGAAAUUAAAACUGUCACCUCCCUCUCAAACCACCACUUCGUUCAUACCUACAUAGGUACGGACAUAUAAAUAUGUAUCACCCCACAAGACACCACUCUGCCCUAGAUAUGAUCUUUAUAUAUAUAUUUGGUAUUCUAGUCUUGUGUUGAAGUGGGUCUUUUUAAUUCUGGCUGAUGAGAUCUCAGACCGGGCUUUAUGUGUUCCAACAGUACUGUCUAUGUCUAAGUUUAGAUUGUAAGCUCCUUGGGGCAGGGAUGUGUCUUUCCACAUGUUUGUACAUUGCUGAGCACAUUGUUAGUUCUCAGCCAACAUCAGUAGUCAUGCACCAAAAUCAUAUUUGGAGGUAAAGAACUACAGCACUGAAGACUCCAAAGAAACUCCCUGUAGACAACUACAUGUUGUCUGGCCUUUGCAACUGAAUGUGAUUUACACUGUACAGCAGUUUAAAUAAACAUAUUUUAUGUCAGACCUUUUCUUUCUGCAGGGAAGCAUUCAUUUAGGCAUAAUAAAUUAUUGUCUGUAUACAGUUAAGUUGCCAUUCUAAUUCUGUUUGUAGUCAACCUGGGGCUAAAUUCACAAAUGGGACUUAAAUGACCAAGUCCCACAGACUCCUUAGUUCAACAUUUACUUACCAGUCACAUUCGUAAAACCCUUCCCACCAGCAUGUAAGUGCCUAUAUUCCCUUGGCACCUAAAUUUCUGUUGUUAUCCGUGCAUGCACCUGCCUAAGUCAUGAAAGCACUAGAAGUCAUAGACAAGCAGGUCUGGAAAGGACCUCCACAGGUCAUCAGUCCAGCCCCUGCCUGAGGUAGGAUCUUACCUGUCCAAAACUUCCUAUGUAAAUCCAUAAUCUAACUUCCCUGUAAAGUUAUCAUCAGCUCUGACACAACACAAGACAUAACA